AUGGCGAUCCAGAACCUCCCUGCCCAAGACUAUGAAAGCGAUGACGACUCUUACGAAGUGCUGGAUUUAACCCAGUAUGCGAGAAGACACCACUGGUGGAAUCGGGUGUUUGGCCGCAGUUCCGGACCAAUGGUAGAAAAAUACUCAGUAGCUACCCAGGUUGUCGUGGGUGGCGUGACUGGCUGGUGCGCAGGGUUUUUGCUCCGGAAAGUGGGAAAGCUUGCAGCAACCGCGGUAGGUGGCGGCUUCCUUCUCCUUCAGAUCGCCAGUCACAGCGGCUAUGUGCAGAUCGACUGGAAAAGAGUUGAAAAAGAUGUAAACAAAGCAAAAAGACAAAUUAAGAGACGAGCUAAUAACGCAGCGCCUGAAAUCAAUAAUGUAAGUGAAGAAGCCACCGAAUUUAUCAAACAGAACAUGGCGAUGUCCAGCGGCUUUGUGGGAGGCUUUUUGCUAGGCCUUGCAUCUUAA